UUAGCUCCCAGGGCUGGAGCUAACCCCACUGUGGCUCCCUUGCUUAUUGACUAAAUUUAACAUCCUUACUCUGGAAAGCUCCAGUGCACUAAAUUUAUUUGUUAGUGUUUAAAGUGGCACCAGACUCCUUGAUGUUUUUUCAUUGAAAAGUAUUCUUAGGGAUAGAAAGUGGAAGGGUUUUAGGACUCCCAUACUUAGACCUAAUGCUCUAAUACCCUUAUAAAUUGGUUAAGUCUUUUAAAGUGCCAUUGGACUCCUGGUUUUGCCUGAAACAGACUAACAUGGCUACCUCUCUGAAACCUUUCUAUGAAAGUAUCUGCUACUUGUUAAUUUGCCCUCAGUAAUAUCAAUGAAAGGGUUACUGUCACAUUGAGAUCCAAUAAGUUAAAAACAUUGUCAAACUAUAGUUACUAUAUGUGCCCAAGAGUCUCCUUGCCAAUUUGUGGUUUUACAGUAUUUUUUCUCUUUCCUAUUCCUGAAGCAAAAGAUCCUCAGAAAUGAGAAAAUUAACUAUGCACAAAAUGCUGUCAAAUGCACACAAUAAAAAAUUUGAAAGAUGUUUUGUCUAUUCUUUCAGUUGGAGUAAUUUUAGUUGUUAUCUGUACAUAGUGAACAAAUUUUGAAGUAGUAUUUUUUUUAAAUCAGCGUCCCUUUAAAAUGUAAAUAUAGAGAGACAAUUUAAAUAGAGAAACAAUGUUAUGGCUUUUACCAUUACAUAAAUAAAACCACUGUGAGACUCAUACAUUAGUUCAUAGGAGACUAAAAAUAAAUGUUUGCGAGAUUACGAAUAAUCCAGUUAUACAGAGAAUAUCUUGUAUCAAUUCCAAAAUAGAAAUAUGCAAUUAAAUUCUUUACAACUGAAAUGUAAUUAGUUACUACACAGAGUCACUGAUUUAUAAAUACUUUAAAACAAUUAUAAAUAAUUCCUCUAUUUUUAAUAAAGUACCUCCUUAUUAGUGUUUCUUAAAAACAGACAAACUACACAUUGGAAUAGCAGACAAAUAUUCCACUGGUUCAAACUCUUACUUUUGUUAUAAUCAAAAUUUACCUGCAAAAUAAUCAUUUGCUUUGUGUUAUGCUGUAGCAAAGUUCUAAUGGCCCUGUGAAAAAGUCUAUGCGUGAGAAGGCUGUGGAACGGAGAAACGUUAAUAAAGAACACAACAGUAACUUUAAGGCUGGAUACAUUCCAAUUGAUGAAGACCGUCUCCAUAAAACAGGCUUACGGGGGAGGAAAGGCAACUUGGCCAUUUGUGUGAUUGUUCUCCUUUUUAUUUUGGCUGUCAUCAAUUUGAUUAUCACACUUGUCAUCUGGGCUGUAAUUCGAAUUGGACCAAAUGGUUGUGACAGCAUGGAAUUUCAUGACAGCGGCUUACUACGUUUUAAACAAGUAUCUGACAUGGGAAUUAUACAUCCAUUAUAUAAAAGCACAGUAGGAGGCAGGCGUAAUGAAGAUUUAGUUAUAACGGGAAAUAACCAACCUAUUGUAUUUCAACAAGGAACAACAAAACUCAGUGUUGAAAAAGACAAAACUUCAAUUACCAGUGAUAUUGGGAUGGAAUUUGUUGACCCAAGGACACAAAAUACUUUGUUCAGCACAGACUAUGAGACUCAUGAGUUUCAUUUGCCAAAUGGAGUGAAAACUUUGAAUGUACAGAAGGCAUCUACAGAGAGGAUUACCAGCAAUGCCACCAGUGACCUAAAUAUAAAGGUUGAUGGCCGUGCCAUUGUUCGUGGAAAUGAGGGAGUUUUUAUCAUGGGCAAGACCAUUGAGUUUCGUAUGGGUGGUGAUAUGGUGCUAAAGGCAGAAAACAGCAUUAUCUUAAAUGGAACUGUAAUGCUCAGCACAUCUCGACUGCCAAACUCUUAUGGGGAAAAGUUUAAUAAUGUUGACUGGCUGCGCUACAAGCUCUGUAUGUGUGCAGAUGGAACUCUAUUCCGAGUUGAAGUGAAGACCCGCAACAUGGGUUGUCAAACCUCAGUCAACCCUUGUGGAACCACACACUAAACACAAAGCACUGGAACAAGAGGAGUCAUGAAGAAAGUUCAUUUACAUUUUUACGUGUGUGUAUAAAACAAUUGCAUGCCAUUUAUUUCUGUUUUUACGACAGUUUAUUAUGUUUUAUUACAUAACAUUUUUAGCACGUUUUUAUGUUUGUUACAUAAUUUCAGUAUUUACAAUAGAGUAUCAUAAUAAUGGAUCUGAUUUAGCAAGAUACUUAAGCAUAUACUUCAUCCUUGUUCACGUACUUUACUAAAUUGAAGUUUCUGGAAAUCUGGGUGAGAUACAGAAUUGUGAGGAUGCACGUUGUUCCACAGAGCCCUUUUGGUGUUGUGCAGAUUAUCCGUUAAGAAGCACACUGUGGGAUAACUUUAGUAAGAAGAAAUCCCUGGCAGCAUGGCUUCAUUGGAAAUAUGCUCUGGGGGGAUACUAGGAACUCAACCACAAAGGAACAAUUGGGAAGGAUCUUGCCAGUUCUUUAGAGAUAAAUUCUAUAAGAAGGAGCCAAAGAAUAAUGUGGCUUCUUUUAUAUAGAUGUAUUUUAUGAUUAUUUUCAGCCCACUCUCAACCAGACCUUCAUUUUAAGCACUAGUAAUUAUUUAGUGUGACGUCAAGGUCAGUCAUCCAAAUAACUGCUUUGUAGUGACAAUCUGUGCCUGACAUCUAAAGUAGUCUUUUCUCCAUCUCCAAAUAACCAUAUUUACACAUUGAAAGCUAGCCCUGUUUUUGCAUCCAAAACUGUAAAUGCAGUGAAAUCUUUAGUCAAGUAGAUUCAGUUUUUAUUUGCAGUUGAUGCAUAUUAACUGUUGAAAUUUUAAGAUGAACUCUUGACGAUUUCUUUUGAUUAUUUUAAUUUAACUAGAAACAAAGAUAUGCUAACAUAUUUGAUCCUUAAGAAGACUUUGAGAAAAAUCUGUGCCCAACAUUUUAGGCAGAACGGGCAAUCGGUUAUUGUAUAUGCUCUGAUAUUUAAAAGCUUGUAUUCUGCUUUGAAAAGCCUCUUUUUUGAGCAGAGCAGAGCAGCAUGUAUUCAAAUAAAUGAUCAUGUAGUAGUAAAUAUAGAGUUAAUACAGAAAGCUGAACUACUACACUAGUCACGUAGGGCAUGUCUACACUUCAUGGAAGAUUGAUGCUGCCACUCGAUCUUUCUGGUUCGAUUUAGCAGGUCUAGUGAUGGCCCUCUAGAUUGAAUUCAGAGGGUGUUCCCUUCAAUGCCAGCACUUCUGCUCCUCAGGAGGAAUAAGGAAAGUUGAUGGGAGCAUUUGCUACUGUCAGCUUCCCAGUGUGUGGAUGGCACAGAAACGUGAUGUAAGGUAUGUCGACUCCAGCUAUGUAAUUUACAUAGCUGGAAUUGCGUAACUUACUUCAACCUUCUCAUGUAGUCGGGGUGGCCCAUGGCUAUAGACCAACUUGGCCAGCACCCGAUGAUGACAUCAUGGGGCGCCCGAUAAUGACGUCACCACAUUGAGGCUGUGCAGGCGGGGGCGCUGAUUCCGUGUUCUGCCUGAGGCAUCAGCUGCCGCAGCCAGUCUCAGGCCGCUCCUGCAUGUAGUGUUAACCAGGCUAUAGAAACAAAAGUUGCAACAAAACACUUUUAAUAGAUAUCAAAAGGAUAAUAGUCUUCCUUGCUUCAGAACAUACCUGUGAUUUGACUCAGUAAAGAGGGUGGAUAGCUAGCUGCUGCCCAGCUGUGAAGAUAUGAUUAUUUUUCUUUAGGAAACUAAGUUGCUUCUUUGUAAGGAUGUGCCAUAUUUUAUUCAACCAGAUGCUUAGAGAAGAAAUUGAUAGGCAAUAGAAAACCAUUAAGUAUCUAUUUAAAAAAUUGUGAAUGGAAUCAACUCUUCUACUUGGAAUAGCUGUAUCAAUAGAAGGCCAAUGAACUGAUAUAGAUGUAUGGGAAAAUCCCAUGUCAUACUAGCUUGCAUAUUGACCAUUUCUCUAAAUAUGUAUAUGAUAUGCAGUUCUACCAUAUGUGAACAGAAGAGCCUACAGCAGAAUUCCUUUUCAUUUCCAAUUGCUUCAGCUAUGCAUUUAUCUUUGAAGUACUUAGUUGGCAAUACUGAAAUCUGGUUUAUCAGAAUUUUCUUUAACUCCCAGCAUUAUAUCUAAGCACAGCCUAGUUAUGCUCUGUUUAAAUUAUAUAAGGUAUUUAUAAAAUAUUUUAUUUAUGCUGCUGUAAUGUGUUUCCAUGCUAUUUUUAUAUUAGGUUUCCUCUACUAUAAUAGGGGAACCCAAUUUUAUUUUGUGUGCCUUAAGAAAUAUUCUAUUGUAUUCUAUAGAUGAGGAUUCAGAACACUUAUAUAACACUAUUGUAAGCCAUAGUGUUUGAGACCAUUACUUUUCUAAAUUAAAAAAGUGCAGCUAUUUACAAGGACUAGAAAUGCACACUUGUUACUAAGUAACCUGGUGUUUAAAUUCUGAAUUGAGCAAAUGAUCUAAAUAUGAUAGUAAUUUAGGUCCCAAUUCUGCAUGGUAUGGACACAUCUGUCAAAUUUUAACAUCAGUAAGACUAACACAUGCUUAAACUUAUGCAGGUUCUUAUGAUGAAUUGGAGUUUUAGGGUAUGUCUACACAGCAAGGCUGUGUCUACAUUGGCAUGA